GCCGCGGCCGUGCUCAGCCCGUCAGUUGUGCUUUUGCACGAUAUUGUCAAUAGGUCAUUUCCACCUCAUCUAAAAAAAAGCCCACACUCAAAACCAUUUGACUUUUUUUUUUAGAUCGUGGAUAUUUCUUUUCGCUUUUUCUCUUCUCAUCAUCGGCAUACAAUAAACGUGUAUAUCCUGAGUCAGGAAUAUACGUUUUCUGGAUUUUCUGUAUUUAAUGAGUAGUUGAGAAUCAAUCGCGAAGAGCGCGAGAUUGGUUUUUGAUUGUGAUGCGGGUGAUGCGGCUCCAAAAGUGUCAUAUGUGUGUUGUGUAUAAAACGCAAUGACCCUACUGGGUAGAAUGCGCAGUAUGUGCGGGUGUGCGUGACAAGUAUGAAAGAAGAAGAAGUGGGAGGACAGGCGCGCAGGGCGCACGAGUAGUUCGCGAGAGAGUAAAACGGAACGUUAAAUGGCAGGCGGUGGAAGCAGGUGGAAGUGAUUCCCUAACAAAUGGCUCUUUCCGAGGUGCAAAAUUUGGCCGCAAUUAUCGGAAACAAUGCUCUCACAAUUGGCAAGAUUGAACACGGUGUCAGUAUGUACGGAGCACCAGGCAGCAACUGUACGACGAGUACUCGCCGCUCGGACUACAAUCCCUGGAGUUGCGAUCUAUUCGUCGGCAAUUCCAGUAUUAAAGGAAAUGUUGACGAUGAGGAGAGUCAGGACUUUAACAAUUCGAUGGUGAACGAUUUGGUGGCGAAAAUUCUUGACGAUGAUUCAACAGUGGGCGAUGACGUCUUCAUGGGUCGUUACGUUAAUCCAUCGUUGCGGUAUUAUUCAGACGCUCAAAUGUCCCAUUUUUCACAAGCAACAUCACAGCAAAUGAAUAAAAUCCGACCCAGCAAUGAUCCGAGACAAUAUCAGUAUCAAUCCAAGAGGAUGACGACCGAUAUUCCCGGUAUUAUCGAAAGUGAACGUAAUAUCGGCAAUAUUUGCGGUGGACUGAAUACCCUAAGUCUGAAUGUCUGUACCGGACUUGAUAAAGGAAAUGUUUUUACCAACGGCUUUGGAAAUAAUCAUUCGGAAAUACAGCAACAGCAGCAGCAGCAGCAACAACAGCAACAUCAUCAUUUAAUUUCUAGCGAGCAGCCUAACAGAAAUUAUCCCACUCCGUCCAAUGGACUGUUGACAACGACCAAUGGAAUGGAUUAUGGUUCAAGAUCAUCAAAUUGGACCGAAUGUCCCAAGGAUUUAUUUGAAAGUUAUCAACAGCAGCAAGUGCAGUCCUGUCCAAAUACAGAUUACAAUUUUAACGUCGCUCGCAAUUUAACUCUGGAUUCACCGAAAAAUUGCACAACAUUAAAUGAUAUGCAAUUACAUUGUAACGUGGGACAAAAUUUACGUACUGGAAAUCUAAUGCACAAUGUUCAUGAGACAUAUAAUUUGACUAAUGGCCAAUCCUAUAGACCAAGUUCAGCAAUGACUGAUCUAAGCGCAGAUUCUGGAUUUUUGUCAAAUUCACCGUUACAACAUUUUUCACCUGCCGAUUCAGCACUACAGAGCUGUUUUACAAAUAAUUUUCCCCGCACUAAUUACGAGGAUUAUAAAGAAAUUCACGAUGUGAGUAAUAAUGUUAAUAAUGAGCAGCAAAUAUUUUUCAAUCAUCAAAGCGGUGGCUAUAAACAGGAGAGAUUACCGGAGCAAAAUUACAAACGUUUCUUGAAUCGCUAUCCAAUUGGUGGAACGAUUGGUAACGAUUAUUCAAUGAUGUCAACAACCACCAAUGAUUAUGAAGCAAUUGCCGUGAAUCAAGAGCAGCAGAGGAUUGAUAAUAAUCUCUUAAAAAUGCUAAGUCCAAAGGGAAAAUCAAGAGAAAAAGUUGUUUACUCGCCAAUUAAUUUACCGCGUAAUAUCACUGCUCGCAAUACUCUGGAACAACAGGCGGGAAAAUAUAAUUAUCAACCAGCAAAUAAUUAUCAACGAUUCAUCACCAAUAGUAGUAAUACAUUGAAGACACAAAGUCCAAAUCCAAUGAACUAUCCAAAUGGUUUGAAGCGUGCCGGCACACCAUCGGGAGCUACGUAUAAAAUGAAAGGAUUUGACAUCACUAAUGGAAUUUCAUUUUCAGCUAAUCAUUUGUCGCAACAAUUGCAAGGUGCCAGUGUGGAUAGUAAUGUAUUGAAUCGUAUUGCGAAACAACGUCAACAACGCGCCGCCAAGGGAAUGUCAACGGUUCCAUCGGCUGAUGUUCUAUUCAAGGGUCUAAUGCAAGGAGCAACUGGAACGCCAAUAUUUCCUUCCGUGAUGCCAAUGCCACUUCCAAUACCAGUUCCACCACAUCAUCCAAUGUCUGUUUUGUUUGAGGGUUUAAAUAUGCGCAAUGGAAAUGGUUCAGUGAAACGUACGGGACCAUCCAAGACAUUACAUUUAAGAUUGGAACAAACUUAUGAGCAAUUCAAACAAUUGGAGAAGGAACGAAAGAAAUGUGAGGCUGGACUAGCUGCACAUUUUCCUGGGAAGAAAGUGACGAGUGCUAAUAAUAUACCGACACCACGUCUUCAGGGAAGUCCAUCGAGAGUUGAUCGAUUGAUUGUUGAUCAUAUGCGAGAGCAUGCGCGUGUUAUUACACUUAUUGCCAAAUUUUUGAAAACCAUUACACUGGUGCGUCGUCUGCUGAAGAUGGAACGCUUGCGAGGAGCCUCAAUGCAUCAGAGAAUUCACAAAGCAAUGGAACAGUGGUUGGAGACAAUCAAAGUAGUGCAAGAAUGUCGAAGACAAGAAAUCACCAAUGCUGCAAAACGCCAAAAGGACAUGCCGUGCAUGGCGCUACACGACGACAGAGAAAUUUUGGCCCUGGCACAAAGUAUUCGCAAUUUAACAAAGGCAUCACGCCUCGCUAGAACCGGUAUGUAUAAUGCAAUGCAAGCAACACUUCUUUGUGAUAUGGAGAUUGAGAAAAAAAUUGUUGACACAUCAAAAGACGCGAUUGUCACACUAAAGUCAUGUGAGCAAACAACAUCAAUUGAUGUCAACACAGAAUCAACAGAUCGCAUUUAGCAAAUUCGCGAAAUUUUUCUAAAUCAAGAACACUAUAAUUCUUGAUUUUCUCGAUAAAUUUUAUUUUUUAUUUAUCGAGAACAAUAAUGACGAUUUAAUUUUCAAUUUUUUUUUCCCAUUGAAAUCACCUCUCGAUCAGCAAUCAACUUUUUGACACCUAUAUAAAUGCAAUUUAUCGCUUUUUCAAACUCUUAAAAAAAUAAAUAAAUAACAAUUUCUUAAUGUGCACAAAAAAAAUCGAUGAGAGCGUUUGAAAAUAGUAAAAAAAGGAUUUUUUCGUGAUAAGCGAUUAUAUAAUUAAAUCGCGAUCUGCAUUUUUUUUUUUUAAAUAGAAAAUUAUUUGAUUUUCUAUGAAAUGUCCGAGACUUCCAGGAUGGAACUGAAUAACUAGAGACUUUCUUCCACAUCUUUAAACGCCUUUUAAAGACCAGCCGAGUGGAAGGGGCAUAAUAAUAUUAAUAAUAAUAAUUUUUAUCAAAGUUAAUAUACGAUAAUCACCGAAAAUCAUCGUCCUCGCUCACUCGAUCCCGUCGCAUACCCGUUUCUUCAGCAACUCCGACUAUUUGCUUAGAUAGAGAUUACGGGUCGAGAGAUCUAGACUAAAAAUUUUACGAGUGUGUUAGUUGAGAAUGCUAGAUAACAAUUUUCUUAGAAUAGUUCAAUGUGGCCUUCCUUAAGUGUGUGACCCAAAUGUGUGUCAAGUAGCCCAAAAGAAGAUACAAUUUCUUGUUUUAAAAAAAAGAAUCGAACUUGAACAAAAACAAACUUGUAAAAAAAGACUUGAAAAAAUUUUUUAAAGAGAAACUUGAAAAAGAAACAAACUUUCAAACACGAAACGAAUUUGAGAAAAAUUCAAGUUUACAAAAAAGAACUUGAAACAAAUCGACAAGUUUGAUUCUUCUCUCCCUGCGCAAAUUGGACGUAAAAAAAAUUAAUAUCGAUGUUACGAAGCAACUCAAAUACUGUCCAUUGUACUUUACUAUAUAAAUAGUUGUAUUCACACAAAAAUAUCCGCGCGCAAUUUUUCUUUAUAUAAAGAAAAGAAUAAAAGAUCGAAAACCUACAAGAAGCUAUUUAAGAGAAAAGGCUACAAAUACACUCGCAUAACAAGUAAUAAUAAUAAUAAUAGUUUCAGGAUAAAUAGGAGCGUGAAAGUUUUACUAUAAUACUAUAUAUCUCGACUAUAUAUAUUACCUGCAAAGGUAAAUAAAAAAAAACUUUUAAGUCCUAAACUUAAUUGCAGUAAUACUAUUUGUAACUGCUAUUACUAAUUAACUGAGAAAAAAAACCAUGAAAACAGAAAAAAAUUAAAAACUAGUUCCGUAUGGCUGAAUUGUUUAGCAUUUUUUCCUAGUCGUCACUAGCACGGCGUGUUUGAUAUGAAGAGAUUUUCGCUUAGAGAAACUUUUGUACCAGGAUUUUCCGAUCCGAGCCGAGUGUGAACCUUCUUAACUUGUAUUAUAAAAAAACAAAAUAAUAGUUCUUUGAUACAUUUCGUCCGUGAACGUUAUUUAAAAAGAAAAAAAAAAGAAACUGAAGAUAAUAGGUAUUGUAAUAAUGAAAAAACCUGCCGGCUUAAAAGAAAAAAAAAAUACGAGUUUUCAAUUGGGACCCCGUUUUUGCGAUAAUCUCUUGUCGCUAAUUAGGU